AUGUUUUCUGAACGUUGGAUAUGUUUUUGUUGUCCUCAAACAUACAAACUUCAACGAAGUAUUGUACCUCUUGAACAAGCACAAUCACGUCCUCCAUCAAAAACGAGAGCAAAAAAGAAAUCUGACAUCACUUCUGUUAUUAUCAUUCAAUCAUGGUUCAGACGACGACAAGCUCUUUUUGAAAUACGUCGAAAAGCUGCAUGGACAAUCUAUCAAAAUAUUGAAUAUGCUGGAGAACAAGAUCAACUUAAACUUUAUAAUUUUUUCCUGGAUCUUAUGCAAGCUGUAUCAAAAGAUCCACGUGAUGCACUUGUUAUUGCUAAAGUAUUACGUCGUACUUCAAGUUUAUCGAGCACAGCUGAAGAACUCGAAUUAUUAGAAACAACAUCACCAGAAACGAUCAAUGUUGAACCAUCAUAUAAAGGACCACAUAUACAACUUCCUAUUAAUAAAGGGCAUCUUGAAUCUUUGGUUCUUGCCUUUCAACGAGGAGAGACUCUUCAUGCUCGAUAUGUUUUAUUAAUAUUACAUGAAGUUCGUCGUAUUCUUAAACGUUUACCAAACGUCAAUGUUGUUUCAACACAUCAAUCGACAAGUGUUACAGUUGUUGGUGAUUUACAUGGUAAUUUAUCUGAUUUAAUGCUUAUCUUUCACAAAAAUGGUUUACCAUCUAAUGAAAAUCCAUAUAUAUUUAAUGGUGAUAUAGUUGAUCGAGGUACUCAAAGUAUGGAAUUAUUUAUUCUAAUAAGUUUAGCAUUUAUUAUUUAUCCAAAUAAUGUUUAUUUCAAUCGGGGUAAUCAUGAAGAUCAUGAAAUUUUACAAUCGGAUCGAUCAUUAUUGACUACUGAUCAAUGGACUCUUCUCUCCAAUUUAUUUCAUAUUUAUAAUGAAAGCAAGCUUUCAUCAAUCGGCCAAUGUUUAAUAGACACAUCUGCUGUUCUACAAUCUACUAAUAUAAGCUGUCAAUCACUGAUGCAAGAAUUCUUAACAUGCAUUUAUGAAACAACAGGAACUUAUCUUCAUUUCAAUGAUGAUCUUCGUAAACUAUCAUUUGAUAAUCGUUCGAUAACACUUUCUAAUGUUGCAAACAAUGUAUCCUGUCUGGGUUGUGCAUUCGUCGUGCAACAUUUUCAUUUAUUUGCUCUGGAAAUUUUCUCAAAUACUUUGGAAGUUAUGUAUGGAAAACCUACAGUCGAUAUUUAUCGUUGGACGAUGAAAUUUAUCGAUCUAGAUAUUGUUUUGAUUAAAUUAGCACUCUCAUUGUUUGCUUUUUCUGGAAAUACUUGUUCAUAUUCUCCGAAUAUCUCAACAGAGUUAACAGAUCCAAUUAUUAUAUUAGAAAUUCAAAAUAAAUAUGCUGAAAUAACAUGGAAAUAUCUUCUCUAUAGAUAUGGUCAUUAUCAAGCUGUUCAACGAUUUCUUAAUAUAAUAUCUUGGCUUGAAGCCCUCACAAUUUUUGUCUUUCAUACACAAAAUCUUACAACAUACAUCAAUGAAAUAGAUUUACUCGCUGAACAAACUGAACUUACACUUAUAUUAGAUGAUAUUGAUCAAAUACUUGAAACAAAUUAA